AUGUGCCGGUUACCGGCGUCAUGGUUUACCACGAAGAACCCCCAGAGCAAGGCAAAGACCCGCUCCUCCCGUGCUGGGCUCCAGUUCCCAGUCGGCCGUGUUCACAGGCUGCUGCGCAAAGGAAACUAUGCGGAACGUGUCAGUGCCAGUGCCCCCGUCUACCUGGCGGCUGUGCUGGAGUAUCUGACCGCUGAGAUCCUGGAGUUGGCUGGAAAUGCUGCCCGCGACAACACGAAGACCUGCAUCAUCCCCCGUCACCGGCAGCUGGCUGUCCGCAAUGACAAGGAGCUCAACAAGCUGCUGGGCGGAGUGACCAUCAUGCACUUAAGAAACGGCUCUAUUACUUUUAACGGGUCUAUAUUACACAUUUAA